ACUACAAACCAUCAAGAAACCAAACGCUGCUGGUAUAAAAGGGGACUUACUUAAUCUCAAGAUGAAUAAUCUUUCGCAAUUCAGAAAACAUGAAUCCGACUUUAAAACUCUGAUGAAUAGUUCGGGUGGCACUGCGGACGAAAGAACAACAUCACCAAACAUGGUGAAUUCAAUCACAUUCUACAAUGCUCCAUUUAAUCCAUCAGUAGUUAAAGUGUCAAACGGACAGCAAUUCACCAACUAUAUUUUGCCACCUCCCGUCAGCCAUCAUCAUCAAACAACAAAUAAUGAUAUUCAAUCGACUCCUUUGAGAUUUAAUGCAACAUUACCUGCGAUUAAUUGUCCUUCCACGCCGACUAUUCAAUCAACGAAACAUCAGCAUAUUUGUCCGCAUCCAUCGCAACAGAUACCUUCCCAAAUUCAUCCACAAUCACUUCCAGUCCCAAACAUCCAGCCAUCGACUUUCGAUUUACAACUACCGAGUUCGUCCUCGACCUCUCAAUCAUCUCAACUUUCGUGUUCACACUAUCGAGCUCCUCAACCUCAUCAAUCUGAACUCUUUAAUCCUGAUCAUUCACCAUUAUUGUUACCUCGACAUGUGCCAUCUCCACAGCAAAUUUUUCAAAGCAGGCGUCAAAUCAAUGGCACUCUACUCCCAGAAAAGAAUCGAAUGCAAAAGGAAAAGCAGGCUCUUAGAUUGGAACGCAAUCGCUUAGCAGCCAAAGAAUGCCGGGAACGUCGAAAAGAAUACAUCACGAAGCUGGAGAGUAGGGUGGAAAGAAUUGAGGAGGAAAAUGAAGUUUUGAAAAAAAAAAUUCAAGAAACUAAGAUGAAAUUGGAAUUGUUCGAAAGAAAUAUGUUUGAACUUGGUGAGUUGGAGACGACUGCACGGGAAUUACAAGAAAAAUUGCACAAUACUGAAAAUCAUUGA